CAAGUCAAGUAUCCAGUAGAAUCAUCUCAAAAAAAAAAAAAGUACCCCCUGUCAGUCACUGGGUACCAUUUCUUCAAUCGUACACAAGCACCUUUUCCCUCCUUUCAUCAUCAGAUUUAUGAAUCGUUUGAGUCGUCUAGUUAACCCGUUCAGUUCGCUCGACUCAACCUUGUUCAUUACCCCAAUUAAUCGGAAUCUUACCCUUCCCUUCAAUUUGCAAUUUCAAUCCCAAUCUUGCAAACUCUGUCAAUUCCCAAGAAAACUCACUCCAAUUUCCAUUUCUUUGCACCCGGGAAUGGAUUCAAAUUUUCCGGAGAAUCUUUCAAGCAGCGCAAUCGAUGAUUUUGUCACAGUUGAAAAUCCGGAAAAUGAGGAGGAAUCGUCAUCGUCAUUGUCAUCGUCUGCUCUUGCGAAUGAUCCCAGUAAUGUAGUUACCGAUGAGAUGAAUGAAGAUGAUAGUUUUGAUGAUGAAAAUGAGAGAAUUUCGGGUAGGCAAAGUGAAGAAAAAAAUUUUCUUCCUGAAGAUUUAUCAAGAAGUGUUAUGGUUUUGUCUUGCGAUAAUGUUCAUGGCCAUAAUUGUGAUGUUUAUUUAGUUGGAACUGCUCAUGUGUCUCAGGAAUCGUGCAGAGAGGUUCAAGCUGUAAUUAAUUGUUUGAAGCCACAGGUUGUUUUUCUGGAGCUCUGUUCGAGUCGAGUGAAUAUACUUACCCUUAGGGACUUAAAGGUACCAACUAUGAAAGAAAUGAUAGAUAUGUUGAAGAAAAAACAAAAUAUUUUUGGAAUACUAUACGGCUGGUUUCUUGCAAAGGUUGGUGAUACACUUGAAGUUCUCCCUGGUUCUGAGUUUCGAGUAGCAUUUGAAGAAGCAAUGAAGCAUAGCUGCAAGGUCAUACUUGGUGAUCGACCUGUACAAAUUACAUUACAGAGGACAUGGCGCAAAAUGCCGUUUUGGCAUAAGAUAAAAUUAGUGUACUCUCUUCUCUUCCAAGCAAUGUUUCUACCAAGCCCAGAUGACCUAAACAAAAUGCUAAAGGAAAUGAAUGAUGUUGAUAUGUUGACUCUCGUGAUUCAAGAGAUGAGCAAGGAAUUUCCCGUAUUAUUGGAAACACUCGUGCAUGAGCGUGAUCGGUAUAUGUCAUCUACAUUAUUAAGAGUUGCAAGAGAGCAUACUUCAGUGGUUGCUGUUGUUGGGAGAGGACAUCUGCAGGGUAUAAAGAAGAACUGGAUGCAGCCUGUUGAGGCAAAUGAACUUCUGGAAAUUCCUACAAGUCGUCCAGUGUUUUCAGUGGUGAAGGUCCUUACAGCUGUUGGCAUAGCCGUUGCAGGGACAGCUAUACUUUCAGGGAUAUAUAUAGCAUCAAAGAAGCAGUCGUAGUCGCAUUUUUCCUGGUUUAUGAAGCUUAUUCAAACGGGGGUCAAAAAUACAAAACAUCCAAGUUGCUGAAAAUGUGAUGGUCAUGGUGAUGGUGUUUGCUCUUUUGAGUUUUGACAGAAGCUGAUUGUCUACUAAUACUUAGUAGUCAGUAACCAGUAGUGUUUCAAAAGUAAUUGUAUCUUUGUAAUUGUAUCAAUUUCCAACUAGAGUGAAUUAAUGUUGAUCUAUCAAUUUUUGUUUGAUCCCCGUUGUUUUUUUUAAAAAAAUUUAAUAAAUAUUUGAGCUAGUUUCACACAUACAUGUCAAUUAUAGUUGAUUGAAUCUUGGUUUAAAAGCAUCUUUUGCUUCUUUGCUCUUUAUUUUGGUGUGCAAGUUAUAAAUUAAAACUGUCAGG